AGACGAAAAGCAGCCGCUGCAAACUCCAACGGGUAGUGUAAAACAAAAUUCCACCGUCGAAUUUGAUGGACAAUUUGUGCACUCGCGCAGCGGUGAAAUACUUGGCAAGAAUUCCGCGGUAUGAAUGACACUUGAAGUAUUUUAAAUGUUACAAAAAGCCACCAAAAGGACAAAUUAGCUGGGAACACCGAAAAUAAUGCGAAACAUGACAAGCAACUUCAUUUCUUCAAGAUGACAGCUGCAUGCAACACUGAAAACCAACAAAAAGAAAAAAAAAAAAUACCGUUUCACUUACUUGAAUGGAUGCGAACAAACAUGACACACCAGAUAAAGGCACAAGCAGC